ACUUUAAUCAACUUUAAUCAAUUGUUAUGGAGUGAAGGGGCGUCUAUACGCGUCGAAAAGAGUUAUGUUACAAAACAGUGGGCCUUACGGGCCAAAUGAUGUCCCAGGUAGCUUAGGAGCGCCAAUGGAGAAGCCACAAAUCGGUCCUGUAAAUAUGUCCCACAAUUUAAGUCAUAUUAGCAAAAUAAGCCAAGAUUCAUCACAGUGCACUAUACCGCAGUACAAUUUACCUCAUUAUCCUGUCUACGGCCACAACCAGAUCCACACGGAGCCACAACAGAAUCUUUUUCCGAAUUUCACACAAAAUCACGUACAUCGAAUAUCAUACCCUAUUCUGAAUCAUGCGCUACAUGUAAAUAAUAGCCAGAAUGGCGUGAAUCCUUUGGAUUUUAACUACCAAAACCCUUUCAAAGAAUACUUCAAUAAUGUUCAAGGUAAGUAUCAACAAAUGGCAUCUGGUCUGCCAUCCAACUCUGGUGCAAGUUCAUACAACCCAAUUAGCACAAAGGCAUCUCAAAAAGUAUAUGACUUAACAGAAGAUAGUGUAAAUAACUGUACAUAUGAAGCAAAUGAACUUAAUAUGUGUAAAGAACCUUACAGAGACUCAAAUUUAGAUGUAAGUUUCAAAAACAGUGCGGUCAGCUGUAAUUCAUUGGUAAAAAGAACAGAGAGAAUAGAAAAUGCGGUGAAACAUAUAGAGAGCAUCAUAGCUAGUGACAUGCUGCACAGACAAAAGGAAAACCAAAAGAAAACAAUAGAAAUUGACAAAAAACAUGAGUCCUUUGAACCGUUAAAAGAAGAAUGUAUGGAUGAGUUGGAAUAUAACGAAGGUGAAUCAGAUAAUUCAGAAGACAAUGAAGAAGAAGAAGAUAAUAAAGAUGAAAUCAAAGAUGUAAUAGUCAAGGAGGAACCAGAUUUUUCCGUAUCAUUAGAAGUAACAUCGGUAAUAAAUAAAAUAAAGCCAUUUGUUAGUGAUGUGAAUGGAUGUACCAAAGAGCAAUUAGACAGUAAUGAAAUUAUAAUAACAGCAAAUAACAGUGUAAAUGAAGCAACUUACAUUGUUAAAAAUAAACUACUAUCACCACACCGCUACUACGAAUGCCCAAACUGCAACCUUCUGUUAAACCAUCCAAAGCGGUUCCUAAUCCACGUCAAAUGGCACACUUUCGGUCUCACCAACCUGAAAAGGCAGGCGUUGGCCGAAGCCAAGGAGAUGAAGAAAGCGAGGAAACGCGGCGAGGUGGUCAACCCCGCUGAACAGACAUACCCGUGUUCCAGUUGUGACAAGGCAUUCAGCAGACCAAGCGCUUUGAAAAGUCAUAAACAUAAAUACCACAAAAUAGAGGACCGCAAGUGCGACAUCUGCAACAUAGUGGUGGGUGACUGGCGCGCCUACCGCCUGCACCACGAGACCGUGCACAAGACUGAGCGAGGCUUCAAGUGCACAAGAUGCGAUAAGAUUUUUAAACACAAGCACACGCUGACGAAGCAUGAAGCUUCUCAUGAGGAGAAGACAGUAGCCUGCCCCGACUGCCCCAAGCUGUUCGGCUCGCAGCGGCUGCUCCGGCAGCACGCGAAGACUCACGAGCGGGCGCAGCGCGGACACACGUACCACUGCUCCUACUGCGGGAAGGGGUUCUUUGAGAGCUAUACUCUGCAGGUGCACGAGCGUACGCACCGCAACGAGAAGCCCUACAGCUGUACAAUAUGUGGCGCCGCCUUCAACACCAACUCCAGUGUCAAGCGACACAUGAAAGUGUCACACAGCACAGAAAAGCCGUUCGAAUGCCCCACAUGCCACCGUUCAUUCAGCACCGAGCUCAUACGGGACAGACACUGUAUGAGAGUGCACGGGGACCAGUCCCUCUUCAAGUUCCCUUGUGAACAGUGCGAUUGUAAGUACCUGAGACUCAAAGAUCUGAAGAAACACGCUUCGAAAGCGCAUCCCAAGUCCAGAAGAAGGAAAAAUGAGGUGGAGGAUCAAGAAAUAGAAUAGAAUUAGAAAAAACUUUAUUUGACAAGACAGGAUCCAAAUAUUAUCACUCAUAUCACGGCAGCGCCAGAAUAAAAGAGACUCAAUUAAAAAUUUUACAUUUUUGAACGAGUUAUAAAAAAUUUUAUACUAUGAGCGCAAAAAACCGAGGCAUUUUUAUUUAUGCUAGAAAUUAACUGCAUAAACAUAAUAUAAAUGCCAGUUUUCGUGCGUAUCUGAUAGAUUUUACAUAUAUUUAGGCAGAGAAAACGGAUCUCUUCUCACUUCGGAUGACAUAUGUUUGAAUUAGGUAAUAAGAUUUUAAUAAAUAAUUUUAAAAACACUAUUCUGUAGAGUAAGAUUAAGAACAUCAUUAUAAUACUUGUAUUAUAAAAUAUAGCCUAUUAUUAUUGUUGUUUUUAGAAUCGGCGCCAAUACCAAUAUAUUAAGCAUAUGAAUAGACCCAUUUGAGAAAGGUAGUAAUGACGUUUGUCUACUGGGUGCCAUGGAAUUAAUAAGU